CGGGCCCUCGCGAUGCUGGCCAUAGCGAUCCUCUCCCUCGCGCACGCGGCACCGACACCGGCGAGCGGCUCGCUUACGGCAUUGGCGAGCGGCUCGCUUACGGCAGCGCUCUCAGAGAGCCUGAUCGAGCUCCACAGCGCGCAUCACCGCCAUCACUCGCCACCGCCGCCGCACCACAAGCACUCGCCUCCGCCGCCGUCCCACAAGGCCCACCACCUGCCACCGUCUCCGACGCCUCCUUCGCCCACGCCUCCUUCGCCUCCGUCGGCAUCGCCGCCGUCGCCGCCGUCGCCGUCGCCGCCGUCGCCAGGCGAGUGGGGCCCCUGGUGGGAUCCUGCUCCGGACCCGGAGCCCGAGCCGGCGUCGGGCGAGGCUUCGGAAGAGACGACGGCUGAGACGGCGGCGGUUGAGAGUGAGCCAAUCGCCCUGCAGCAAGCGCCUCGCCCAGCCUCGCACUCCCUGCCAAGUCUGAGUCUCCUGAUCGCGGGCGUCGUUCUGAUCGGCAUAGUUGUUGUGGCUCCGGCAUCAUUCGCGCUAGGGCUGCUCGCCAUCGACCGGCGGGAGCGCCGUGGACACCGCGCGCUGGUCCAGGCGGCGGCGAGGGAGGAAGCAGUCUACGUCGCAAUCUAGCUCGGCCCCGCCUUUCGUCCCUCCAGCAUGACGUCGCGUACCAUGUCACUGCGAGUGUGGCAGGAGAGGAGAGAGGACCACGGGGGCGAGAUAGCACGCGUGGGGCAGUCUCUCGCUCUGUGGUGUCCGUCUCUCGCUCUCUCUGACCUUUGAGGUGUCGGCCCUCUUCCGGCUUUUAUUUUCUG